AUGUUCAUGAUGGCAACAUUAAUAAUAAUAUUACUGAAUAUUAUUAUCAAUAUUGAACAAUCACAACAACAAAAUCCACAAGAAAUUUUUACUAAUUCAUUUCAUAUUAGAUUUCGUCGUAAUGUUGAUCAAUUUGAUGCCCAUCAAAUAGCCAAACGUUAUGGUUUUAUUAAUCUUGGUCCGAUAUUAGGAUCAAAACGUGAAUAUCAUUUUCAACAUCGUGCUAUACCACAUGCACGUACAAAACGUAAUAUUGGUCAUUAUCGUAAACUACGUUCGGAUCAUUUGAUCGAAUCGGCACAACAACAAUUAGGCUUCCGUCGUAUAAAACGUGGCUAUAAAUCAUUAGUAUUAAAUGAAAUUGAAAAUUUACAAUUAGAACAAUAUCCAAAUGAUCCAUUAUUUCAAUAUCAAUGGUAUUUAAAAAAUACUGGACAAAAUGGUGGUAAACCACGUUUAGAUUUAAAUGUUGAAGCUGCAUGGGCACAAGGUAUAACCGGUAAAAAUGUAACAACAGCUAUUAUGGAUGAUGGUGUUGAUUAUAUGCAUCCAGAUCUUAAAGAUAAUUAUAAUGCAAAAGCAAGCUAUGAUUUUAGUAGUAAUGAUCCAUAUCCAUAUCCACGAUAUACUGAUGAUUGGUUUAAUAGUCAUGGUACAAGAUGUGCCGGUGAAGUUGCUGCAAAAAGAGAUAAUGGUAUUUGUGGUGUUGGUGUUGCAUAUGAUUCAAAAGUUGCCGGUAUUCGUAUGUUGGAUCAACCUUAUAUGACCGAUUUGAUUGAAGCAAAUUCAAUGGGACAUGAACCAGAUCUUAUCGAUAUUUAUAGUGCAUCAUGGGGACCAACUGAUGAUGGUAAAACUGUUGAUGGUCCUAGAAAUGCAACAAUGCGUGCAAUUGUUCGUGGUGUUAAUGAGGGUCGACGUGGUUUAGGUAAUAUUUAUGUUUGGGCUUCGGGUGAUGGUGGUGAAGAUGAUGAUUGUAAUUGUGAUGGUUAUGCUGCAUCAAUGUGGACAAUAUCAAUUAAUUCAGCUAUAAAUGAUGGUCAAAAUGCUCAUUAUGAUGAGUCAUGCUCAAGUACAUUAGCAUCGACUUUUAGCAAUGGAGCUAAAGAUCCACAUACUGGUGUUGCAACAACUGAUCUAUAUGGCCGUUGUACUAAAACACAUUCAGGUACAUCGGCUGCAGCACCUGAAGCUGCUGGUGUUUUUGCAUUAGCAUUAGAAGCCAAUCCAACAUUAACAUGGCGUGAUAUACAACAUUUAUGUGUAUUAACAUCAAAACGAAAUUCUCUGUAUGAUUCAAAAAAACGUUUCUUUUGGAAUAUGAAUGGUGUAGGGUUGGAAUUUAAUCAUUUAUUUGGUUAUGGUGUAUUGGAUGCAGGUGCAAUGGUUGCAUUAUCAAAAAAAUGGAAAACAGUACCACCACGUUAUCAUUGUGAAGCAGGUUCAAUAAAUUCUGACCGAUUAUCAAUACCAACAAAUCGUAGCCUUACAUUAAAAAUUGAAACAAAUGCAUGUCAAAAUCAAGAUACUGAAGUUAAUUAUAUUGAACAUGUACAGGCUGUUAUAACAUUAAAUUCAACACGUCGUGGUGAUGUUUUAUUAUAUCUUAUAUCACCAAUGGGUACUAAAUCAAUGAUAUUAAGUCGUCGACCAAACGAUGAUGAUGGACAUGAUGGUUUUGUUAAAUGGCCAUUUAUGACAACACAUACAUGGGGUGAAAAUCCACGUGGCAUAUGGCGUUUAGAGGUUGCACAUUCUGGACCGGAAUCGCAACAAGGUUUCAUUAAAGAAUGGAUCUUAAUGAUACAUGGUACAAAAGAACAACCAUAUAAAGAUUUACCGGUCGAAGAUAAUAAUUCAAAAUUAGCAAUCGUUAAAAAAGCACAUGAAGAUGCAAAGAAAAUUUGAAACGAAAACAAAAAAAGAAUCAUUUUCUCUCCUUCAUCAAACAAACAAUUAAGACAUUCAAAAAACAAAAAAAAAAACAUUAAGAAAUUCAAAAUACACGAUGAACCGACCCAAACCCAAACAAAAAA